AUGUUGGUCUUUACUUAUGCACCAUAUGUACUUGCUGAAGGAAUCCAUCUAUCAGGAAUUAUGGCAAUUUUAUUCUGUGGUAUUGUGAUGUCCCAUUACACACAUUUCAAUCUUUCUACUAUAACACAAGUGACUAUGCAACAAACAAUGAGGACAUUGGCAUUUAUUGCUGAGACAUGUGUAUUUGCCUAUCUAGGCUUAGCUAUUUUCAGUUUUAGACAUCGUGUAGAGCCUGCCCUUGUGGUUUGGAGCAUCAUAAUGUGUCUGCUGGGCAGAGCAGCUAAUAUCUUUCCUCUAGCAUUACUCUGCAAUAAAUUUCGUGAACACAAAAUAACUAAGAAAAUGAUGUUCAUCAUGUGGUUUAGUGGAUUAAGAGGUGCCAUUUCUUAUGCACUUUCAUUGCAUCUUGAAUUUUCUGAUGAGACCCGACAUGUCAUCAUAACAACAACUUUGAUCAUUGUGCUUUUUACUACUUUAUUCUUUGGAGGAUCAACUAUGCCAUUAUUGAAAUUCUUAAGAGCCAAUAAAAAAGUGAAACGCUCACGGUCACAACGGAAGCAGAAGGAAGUAAGCUUAUCAAAAACAAAGGAAUGGGGACAAACUAUUGAUUCCGAGCACCUUUCAGAAAUAACAGAGGAAGAACUUGAGGUUAAUUAUUCUCAUGCAACAAGAUUGAAGGGAUUUGUACAUUUUGAUAUGAAAUAUUUGAUACCAUUCUUUACUAGAAGAUUUACUCAUCAGGAAUUAAAGGACUGUAAAAGCCAAAUGACAGAUCUGACGAACCAAUGGUAUCAAGCAAUAAGGAUAUCUAAUGAACAUGAAACAGAUGAGGAAGAAAGUAUACAGCAAAGUUCUCUUUCAAAUUCACACACUAGUCUACAGCGAGGAGUA